UUUAUUAUUUUUAAAAUAGUAAAAAAAAAAUUAAAAAGUCAAAUUAAUUACACUAGCUAUACUUCCAAUCUUCCAUUUGUUUGUUACUCUUCUCAAACAUUCUCAAUUAAGAUUUUCAUUCUCCGUCCAAUUUUUUCCUUAUUUUUCAUUAUGUCUUUAAUUUUCUUCGUUUUCAUUAAACACGAAUAUGAGCACAUCACAAGCAGAAGUAGGCACGAUACGAUUCAAACCGUGCUCGUGCCCAGAUUGGGCCUAGUGAAUUUGAAAAUGGGUUGGCAUGGCACGACACGAAAACUGACAAGUGGUGCCAAGCACGACACGAGAUAAAUGAGUCCAAAAUGCGUUUAUGCCAUGCGAGCCCAAACACACGGUCCAACGCCCAAAUACAAAUGCAAUAAAUAAGUUCUUGUAACAAUGGAAGGAGAGAUGACCUUCUAAGAAGUAAAACCGUGCUUAGAAUGUUAUUACAUGAUCAUUCAUGAACAACUAAAACCUAGUACUACUACUUACUAGAUACAUGAAUGAUUGGCGUCAGAGCUACAUGGGUUAAACACUAUUCUCAAUCCUAACUAGAUUUCUAAUUUUGAAAUAUCAUCCCUCCAUCCAUGUGUCAUUAUUCCAUUUACAUGAACACUAUUGUGUUGUUAUGCGACAUUUGCUUUUGCUUCAAGAGUCGGUUAAACAAAUAAAGUUCGUCUUCGUCGUUGUUGUUUUCAAUUGAUCGAUCCCCUAUUCCCCUUAAACAAAGGAAGAAAAUGGGAAUGGAUGACAAUCUAACACCGCAAUUAGCGGGGAGCGAAGGAUGAACAGAAGCUCCUCCUCCUCCUCCUGUCGUUAGCGCGGACUAAAAGUGUGUAAACACCUUCAAAAGAAAAAACAAAAUUUUGAAGAAAUGGAGGAAACGAAAUGAUUGAAAAAGUAAACGGCGAGCUGCCCUCCACCUCCUGCCAUCCACUGCAACAAAUAGAUCCAUCCCAAUUCUCACUACACCAGUCCUCCACUCCCACUGCCACCGUUCCAUCCAUCUCUUUCUUCCUCAAUUCCCUUUUAUCUCUGCAAUCCCCACUCAACCUCUGCUUCAGUUGUUUUCCCCAUUCCCCCGAAACCCUACUAUUAAUUUCCCGUCUUUCUGCGGAAAGAGGGUAGUGGGUAGUGGGAACUCCCUGAAAUUGCAGAGAUGGAGUGGGACAACACCGCCGCCGCCGCCGAUCACCACCGUCAGCAGCAGCGCCAUCACGACGGUUGCAAUAACGGCGACCCAAUUCUCAAUUUCCCCAGCACCAACAACAACACCACCGCCAGCAACAGCAUUAACGCCGCCGCUGCAGCCGCCGGGAAUAUGCUGUACGUCAAGGUCAUGACCGACGACCAGCUCCAAACCCUCCGCAAGCAGAUCGCCGUCUACGCCACCAUCUGCGAACAGCUCGUCGAUAUGCACAAAACCCUCUCCGCCCACCAAGAUCUCGCCGCAGGGGGGAGGUUGGGGAGCUUGUACUGCGACCCAUUAAUGGGCGGAGUGGGAGGCCACAAGAUGAGCGCCCGCCAGCGCUGGACGCCGACGCCGCUGCAGCUCCAAAUUCUCGAGCGAAUAUUCGAGCAAGGGAACGGGACGCCGACCAAGCAGAAGAUCAAGGAGAUAACCACACAGCUUAGCCAGCACGGCCAAAUCUCCGAGACCAAUGUCUACAAUUGGUUCCAGAAUCGGCGCGCCCGUUCCAAGCGCAAGCAGGUUCCUGCUGGCACUACCUCUACUACUAACAACAACAACAACAACAACAACAACAACAAUGGUGGUGGUGGUGGGGAUGUUUCGGAAGUGGAGACUGAAGUGGAUUCCCUGCAGAUUGAUCAUCAUCACAACCAUCAUCAUCAGGAUAUGAUCAUGAACUGCAGCAAUUCGAAGUCCGAGGAGAUGAUGUAUUGUAGGAAUACUGCUGAAGAUCAUUGCUUUCAGACCAACCAUGUUGACCAAUUGCAUUACUUGUCUCAGGGUUCUCAGCCUUCUGCAGCGGGGAGCUACAAUCUGUAUGAUCAGGCGGCCGAUGAUUAUGGUUUGGCGGGCUAACGCUGUUGCUGAUUGUUGUUGUUUGUAACAUUAUUUCCCACUAAGGCUUUUUGUUUUGGUUACAACUUGAAUUCCAAGUGAAGUGGGGUUCGUGUCCUUUGUUAUGUUGACAGGGGAGACUUGUUAUUUUGUCGACAAAGAGCAACCAUGGUGCCAUCCCUGCCUCGCGCUGCUGUUUGUUGUUUGUUUGUUUGUAUGCAGAGUUGAAGAAAAGAUUGAUUAUUUAUUUGAUUGAUUGGUUGGCGAUGUUAUGGGAUGGAAUGCUAAGUUGCUAACGCAUGUUCUUGCCUAUUAUAAGCAAUCUAAAGAGAAGCUCGAGGUGUCUUUCCUCCCUAUUUUUCAAAGACGGUUUAACCUCUAAACAGAAAUUAUAUAAGAAAAUUGAACCGAUUAAAUCUUAGUAGUUAGCUGCAUGUUUCGCUUUGCGAUUAAUUUGACGGAUAACCACUAAUCAAUAACAAAGAGUUCGGCUAAGGGUUAGGGGUAGCUAUAGCUCGUCCUUUCUUUAGUAGGGUUUAUCCCUAAACAAAAUACCGAUGAAAGCCCCUUGUAUAGGUUGGGCGAGUCUCACGAUUCUCGAUUUCGAAAUAUCUUAAUUAAGAGAUGAGAGAACACCGACAGAACUUCUAUAGCUCUUUUUCGAAUAAGAAAGCUUUCUUAUCUUAAAACUCUAAUUAUUCCAAUAAUUUGAUGUCGCUAGUAUUUUACAAUUCAUAGAAAAAGUAUCAGCUAUGGGAGCACAAAAGAGAGAAAUUACGAGUAUUGUUCUAGAGUUCGAUUAAGCCAAGGUGUGUAGGUUGGUUUUUGUGCUUAGAACAAUUUUUGUUUAUUUCGUCUUAUUAUUAUUAUUAUUAUUUCAUAUUUAGGUUCAAGAAGGCGCUAGGCGUAAGACGGGCGUUGAGACUUUACCUAGCGCUUAGCUUGCCUAGGCGUAGAAUAAGCGUGCCUAGGCGUAGGAUAAGCAUGCCUAGGCGUUGGAAGAAAAAUAUCUAUUCACACUUCAUGAUGAAUGAUAUAAUAAUCUAGAACACUUCUUCACUUAAGGUAAAAUAAUUAAUAACUUACUCAACCCAUAAUGACAAUAACAUAGUUCACGAAUUCAUAGAAGAGUAGCUCACAAAGUUCUUAAUCUAUUGAAAAUAUUGAUAUAGAAAAUUGAUUUCGUAGCUGAUGUUAAUUUCCUCCUUUAAUAUUGAAUUUCUAGCUCCAUGUAGUUAUGUUUAGGAGAUAUUUAGAUGUCACCUUACUGCAUUGACGUGUUCCAGUAUUACCUUUAAAUAACAUAAUAUAAACAAUCAAAAAUUAUGAAAUAAAUAAAAUCAUAUCUCAGCUUGAGCCGGUCCAAAAAAAGCUAAGUGAUGAGUUGAUGUCGAGUAGAACUCAUGAGCUCAUUAAUGAGUUGAGCUAGAGUCAAACACAAGUUAAGAUUUUAGUAGACAAGCUGAGUUCGACUCAUUUAUUAACUAGCCGAACCACAACUAUAUUAAAACUUGGUUCGACUCGACUCAUUUGCAGCCCUACCCUUUAAUGUAAGUUUGAAUGCAGGUUGCACUUUGCAUAUGUUUUUCUACCCAAAAAAGUAGGGAUGGCAAAAAAAUCCUUAAGCGUGGAUAUCUGCGCGAAUCCGACUUGAUCGGGGACGGGUAGGGUAAGACCCGAACUCGAAAGACUUUUAGUGGGUAUGGGUAAAACCCGAACCCUAAUAUUGCGGGAAAUUGGUGGGCAUAAUUUUCUUACUAUCCAACCCGAACCCACCCGAUUAUACAUAUGUGUAUGUACUUCGUCUAGAAAUAAUCAUUAUUUUUCUCUAACAUAUUUUACAUAUAGCAUAUAAAUAUAAUAUUUUCAU